CCCCAAAAACAAUACAAUUAUAAAAAUAUGAUAAAAGGAACAGUAGAAGCAGACAGCUGGUGGAAAGGGAUCUCUGAAGAGAAAUUGGUUAAAGCUGAAGAGAAGAUGCUGGAAUUUUCAGGACUAGAGAUAGAUGAGAUUGAGAGGUAUAAGGUACCUUAUGUGAUGGAUCAGUGGUAUGGGGAAGAGGAUGGGAAAGGAGAGGAAAGAGUAGAUCCUUAUUCUGGGAGGAGGAUAAGACCGUUAAGGGAAAUGGAGAGGAGGUACUUUUGAUGCAUACCUUUGUGAUGAAGGAAGCAUGUGAAGAGAGUGACAGAUGAGUAUAUACAGACUUAUGAGUUUGGAGAUAGGAGUAAACAGCAGAUUGUGCUGAUUCAUGGGCUUGGAGGAGCAGGUCCUAUCUUUUUUAGACUGUUCCAACAGCUUUCUGAAAAGUACCAUGUUAUUGCGAUUGAUCUUCCUGGAAUGGGCAGGUCUUCUAGACCACACUUUUUAGGAAGGACCAAAGAUGAAGCUGAGGAGUUUUACAUUCAAGCUCUAGAACAAUGGAGAGAACAUAUGGGACUCACUGAUAUGUAUAUGGUUGUUCACUCUUUUGGUGCUUAUCUUACCAGUAGAUACGCCUUAAAAUAUCCUGAGAGAGUGAAAAAGAUUGUGUUCUUAUCUCCAAUGGGAUGAGAAGCUAGACCAGAAAAUUUAGAGAUUAAUCUCAGAAUGGUCAUGAGAUCCAAUUGGAAAUUUGGACUAUACCUAAGAAUUGCAAGGUUCUUAUUUAGGCACCAAAUAGUACCAGAUAAGGCAGUUAAAUAAAAGCGGACGCUUACUAGGAAAAGUCUUCAUGAAAGGUUAUGUCAAAAAGAAACUUCCUGGAUUCACAAAGGAAGAAGUUCCUUCUGCAAAUGAUUAUUUAUUCCAACUGAAUAUGAGAAAUGGACCUGCAGAGAAGGCGAUUUCUAAACUACUAAUCCUACCAAUCCUUGCCCACACCCCUAUCUUCGACAACCUAGACACCUACAGAGCUGCUGGUAUCACCACAUACUUCGUGUACGGUGACAGGGACUGGCUAGACACAUUCCUGAACGGACCUCCAGUCUCAGAGCAACUCCGUGAGAAGGGCGAGAACGUAUAUGUAAUUGAAAACAGUGACCAUCACAUAUACCUUGAUAAUUCUGAGGAGCUCCUGGAUGUCCUCUUUGACUGUUUAAAAUAG